GCAGCAGGCCUAGAGAAAGGGAGGCUGCAGGGGUCUGACUGAUGGUGAACCCUUCCCUCCUCCCAGGGAUAUGAGGCGCCUGUCCUAAGCUCCAGAGAGCUGCCUUCCACGGAGCCCAGCAGAGGAGCAGACGAACAUGAAGUCUAAUCCUGCCAUCCAGGCUGCCAUUGACCUCACGGCAGGGGCCGCAGGUAAUCCCAGAGAAGACCCCUCCCCUCCUCCCAGUACCUUCUACAGCAAACCUGGCAAACUGGGACCCUCGUGGACUAUUGCCCGUCAGCAGGUUGACAGAGAGUCCCUGAGGGAGGCAAGCGUGGACCUGCAGGCUGGCCGGGAGACGGCGGAAACCAUUGAAGCUUUGGUUUUGACAAACGAGCCAAACUUUCCCCCUUAUUCUUGGACUCGCAUUGGAUUCCAGUUUCACAACCCUGCUGGUGAUUGUGGCUGGUGGUAUAAACCCACAGGAGAUGAGGUCUUCCGCAUGGUGAGUGCUGCCCGAAUGGGUAACCGGGCAGGUCAUUGGUCUCCUGUGCUGUGUCCUUUCAGUGAUCUGCAGAACGCAGCCGCUGGGUCCUUCGCCUCCGCAUUCGCUGCCCUGGUGCUCUGCCCCACUGAGCUGGUGAAGUGCCGGCUACAGGCCAUGUAUGAAAUGGAGACAUCGGGAAAGAUAGCCAAAAGCCAGAAUACAGUGUGGUCUGUCAUGAAGAGCAUCCUUAGAAAGGAUGGCCCCUUGGGCUUCUACCAUGGACUCUCGAGCACUUUACUUCGAGAAGUACCCGGCUAUUUCUUCUUCUUCGGCGGCUAUGAACUGAGCCGAUCGUUUUUUGCAUCCGGGAGAUCAAAAGAUGACCUAGGCCCUGUCUCUUUGAUGGUAAGUGGCGGCAUUGGUGGAAUCUGCCUCUGGCUUGCUGUAUACCCAGUGGAUUGUGUAAAAUCCAGAAUUCAAGUUCUUUCCAUGUCUGGGAAACAGGCAGGAUUUCUCAGAACCUUUAUAAGUGUUGUGAGAAGUGAAGGUGAGUCUGGUCAUUGCAGAAACAGAGGAGGUGUGUAUGGAGUGACUGGUCAUUUCGCUGCUGGUCUUGUUGAGGUGGAUCAGGUGGUCUCCUGAUUGCUCUCCUCCCCCGCCUCAUAUCCCUUUUCUGGUACUGUAUAUUAAUCUACCUUUGUGGAUGCCUGUUUCCAAACCCCUUUCUUG